GGGUACAAUGCCUGCAUAUUUGCUUAUGGACAAACUGGUUCAGGCAAGUCGUACUCGAUGAUGGGCACGAGUGAUCAGAAAGGAAUCAUCCCACGACUCUGCGAUGCCCUUUUCGAUGAAAUUGUCCAGAGCACUGACAGCGAGACCAACUUCAAGGUGGAGGUCUCCUAUCUCGAGAUCUACAACGAGAAAGUCAGGGACCUCCUCGAUCCUAAAGGGUUAAUGGGUGGUCUUCUUUGGCGGUUGUGA